AUGAUUACAAAAGCUUUAGCAUUAGCAACGACACUGGCUGUGGCAGCGGCAAGUCCGGUGUACGGUCCAAUUUCUUACGGUCCAGCGUUGUCAUACGGAUACGCAGCGAAAGCUAUUCAACCACUACACACGGUCGCAGUUGCCAAACCGAUAGUGGCCGCCGCUCCAAUCGUUCAUCAUGCACCCAUCAUUGCGCAUGCACCGGUCGUUGCACCAGUUUUAAAGCACGUUGAAGCGUACGAUCCUAAUCCACACUACAGCUUUAGCUAUGGAGUCUCUGACCCACACACCGGCGAUUCCAAACACGCUGAGGAAACGCUAGCCAAUGGAGUCGUUCAUGGAAGUUAUUCACUAACAGAACCAGAUGGUACCAUUCGCAAAGUUACCUAUACGGCAGAUAAAAUACACGGUUUCAAUGCCGUGGUGGAAAAAUCGGGCCACGCCAUUCACGCGGCACCAGUCGUCAAGAAAAUAAUCGCCGCGGCUCCAGUCGUGCAUGCGGCUCCCAUCGGAUAUUACCACCACUGA